ACUUGACGCGCGGCAGGCCCAGCCCAGUUCGAUUACGCACCGGGAGAGGUGAGGGGCGCUGAUGUCCUCUCUGGCACCGAGUCCGCACCUCCGCUCUUCAAAUGCUGAGCCCGUAGAGUUGGAGGACAGAUCCAGCCGAGGAAGCGACCGCGGCUUGCUCCAGCAUGGCGAUCUUCCGAGGCGACUGGACUAGACACGGAGCGCAGCAAGAACCAGAACCAUGCUCUGCUCACGCCGCAAGCAAAUCUAUCACGAGCCGCUUUGAGAUGAGUGAAAUGUGUUCGGAUUGCGAGCAGGAGUGAGCGCGCGCCGUGCGAGCUGAAGGACGCUGGUUUAUCCCGCAGAAGCCUCCCGCAGCCAGGGUUGUCUUUGAUGGAGCUGGAGAACAUCGUAGCCAACACUGUCCUGCUGAAAGCCAGAGAGGGUGGUGGUGGAAAGCGGAAAGGGAGGAGCAAGAAAUGGAGGGAGAUCCUUCGCUUCCCUCACAUCAGCCAGUGUACUGAGCUGGGAAACAUCAUCGAAAGGGAUUAUGUCAGCAUAUGCGAGAAACAGCCCAUCGGACGACUCCUCUUCCGUCUUUACUGUGAGACCAGACCCAAGCUGCAACGCUGUAUACAGCUGUUGGAUGCUAUGGAAGACUAUGAGGUAACACCCGAUGAGAAGAGAAAAAGUCGGGGGGACCAGAUCAUCAAGACUUUUCUCUCAAAACAGUCGCCUCAGCAUGUGGACAUUGCCGAGGUCUUUGCGGACCAGUGCCGGGAGAACCUGGAACUCAGUCCAUGUAAGGAGAUCUUCAGCAACUGUCGCAAGGCGGUACACGACUACCUGAGCGCGGUGCCGUUCAGCGACUAUGAGAACAGCAUGUACUUCGAUCGCUUCCUGCAGUGGAAGAUGCUGGAGAGGCAACCCAUCACUAAGGACACUUUCAGACAGUACAGGGUGCUGGGGAAGGGAGGAUUUGGGGAGGUCUGUGCCUGUCAGGUCCGAGCCACAGGAAAGAUGUACGCAUGUAAGAAGUUAGAGAAGAAGAGGAUCAAGAAGAGGAAAGGAGAGUCCAUGGCUCUGAAUGAGAAGCAGAUCUUAGAGAAAGUCAACAGCAGAUUUGUCGUGAGCUUAGCGUACGCGUACGAGACCAAAGACGCCCUCUGUCUGGUGUUGACCAUCAUGAACGGUGGAGAUCUGAAGUUCCAUAUUUACAACAUGGGCACCCCAGGUUUCGAGAAGGGCAGGGUCCAGUUCUACGCUGCUCAGAUCUCCUGUGGCCUCGAGCACCUGCACAGAGAAUCCAUCGUCUACAGGGAUUUGAAGCCAGAGAAUAUUCUGCUGGACGAUAACGGUCACAUUCGCAUUAGUGAUCUGGGCCUUGCCAUCAAAGUUCCAGAUGGAGAGCUGAUCAGAGGUCGAGUGGGAACAGUGGGCUACAUGGCUCCUGAAGUGAUAAACAACGAGAAGUACGGGAUGAGCCCCGACUGGUGGGGGCUGGGUUGCCUCAUUUACGAGAUGACCGCUGGUCGAUCACCCUUCCGCGCCCGGAAAGAACGUGUCAAACGUGAGGAGGUGGAGAGGAGGGUGCAGGAGGAAGAGGAAGAGUACAACGACAAGUUUACAGAGGACACCAAGGCCAUCUGUCGAAUGCUGCUGACCAAAGACCCCAAGCAGAGGCUGGGGUGUCAGGCGGACAGAGCAGCUGGCGUCAAAGCCCACUCCUUCUUCAAAAACAUCAACUUCAAGAGGCUAGAGGCGGGAAUAGUGGAGCCGCCCUUUGUGCCUGAUCCUCGGGCCGUGUACUGUAAGGAUGUGUUGGAUAUAGAGCAGUUCUCCACAGUCAAAGGAGUCAAUUUGGACCAAACUGACAACGACUUCUACUCCAAAUUUGCUACCGGCAGCGUUUCCAUCCCAUGGCAGAAUGAAAUGAUAGAGACGGAGUGUUUCAAAGAUCUGAAUGUUUUUGGACCCGUAGGGACGAGACCUCCAGAUCUAGAUUGGAACCAGCCACCCGAGCCGCCCAGACGCAGCUUGCUGGACCGGAUCUUCCGUAGACAUCACCCAGAGGUGUCCAUUUCCCACACUCGCGUCCAGUCUUCCAGCGUCAACUCUGUGGACUCCAUGUCCAACUCCGCCCCCUAGUGGCACCGUAUGUGAGUGGGAGCCUCACACUAAGGGAAGGAGCUCUGAGGUCUUCCCCGCUGCUGACUGGUCCACUGGAGCCGGAGCAGCAGCAGGAGAGGAGUCUAUAAAGCCUACCUGGUCAGCCCACUGGGGGGGAGGGUGCAACAAGACCCUGAGACCAUGGGCUUUUUUUUUUUUUUUUUUUGGAUGGUUGCCGAGGCAUUUGGAACUAUGACUUCUCCUCAGGAUUGUUGGACGAUUGAACAGAGAGCCACUGAUAUUAAUGAACACAUGGAUAGAACGCACGCUGGGAUUCAGGGGAUCCACCACAGGGAUUGGAAUAUGGUGAAUUUGGUGAAGUUUCUUUGACCCAAUAAGGAAUUUCUAACACCCUUUCUGGCCUGUAUCUCUCUCUCUCUCCUUUUCUCUCUUAUCCAUCUAUAAUCUAUCUGUUGUGUCUACCUGUACAACACUGACUGUCACUCUCCUUCUCUGCGUCCCCGCCACUCGUACCUCAAGAUCAAUCCGAAACAUUCAGAACACGUCGCCUCAACAACCUCAUGAUGUACAUCGCCUUGCAUACUCUCAGGCCAAAGAUUCUGAUUUGUGAUACUGUUGUCAUUUAUUGAUUUUUGAAGGUUUUUAGCUGUCAAGUGGAACCACAGCGGAUCAGAGUGUGGGUCGCCUGAUUCCGUUUUUUUUAACGCAUUUCUAAAUGUGAGGCAUAUCUUACAGCUUGAAGCACACAUAAACAGGCAUAGACAGAUAGACACAAUUGUGAGACUUGUGUUGUGUUUUCAUUGCAUGGACAAGUGUAAGUGUGGACAGCAUUGCUUCUGCAUACCUCAUUCCACUUGUGUUACCAUUGUUCACCACACAACUGGGUUUACAAUGUCACUUUAUAUUUAAGUGGAGUUUGAAAAAUACAAAUUAAUAUGCUGUAUAGGAUCCUCUGUUUGAGAUUUUCUUCCCCUUUAUUUCCACUCAAAGUUGCUUGGAGAGGAGCACGCCCCGAUGACAAGUUGCACAACUCAAACAUGAAAAUGUUUUACCUCGGAUCAUUCAGGCACAUUAUGGUUUUGCUUUUGCCUCAAACAAACUUGCUCCUUUUUUAUGCCUUUCUUCCAUGUAAAACAAUAUUGCUGCAUGAGCGUUGUUGUCACCAACACGAUUCUCUUACAUUCACAUCCUUGUCAGAAUGCCUUGCCAGUGUAAAAGGUCUUCCUCUUGUGUUAGUUCAGACUGUAAAUCAAAGAGGUUUCUAUAAGCUGUAUUCGUAUUUGACUUCCUGUCCAAAAGGGAGAGGAAGACACCGGAAAAAAAAACCCACAACAUAGAAGUGGCCUUUUUUUGCAGCUGUGCCGCCAACUUAAAGUGAAGAGAUGGUCCUCUUCCUCGUGUUUCAAGAAUGUUCCUUUUGACAGAAUAGCUGUUACAUCAAGUAAAUUAAUUGUUUGUACCAUUCUUAAAAAAAAAAAAAAAGUUUCCUCCCUCAGUCUCUGUGUACUUGAAAUGGAGAAAAUCAGACUGAAGUGCCUCCUUGUUGUUGUUGUUGUUGUAGUUGUUUAGCUUGAUCUCCCAGACAGUGUCCACAGAGACAUCAGCACUUUUAUUCUCUGACCGUCAUGCUCUGUUUAUUUUAUUGGGAAACGCGUCACCACAAAAACACAUAACUCCCACGGUCAUUUGGAACUGAAUGGAAAGACCGGGAAUAAAAGGAGGCGUUUGCUGAGGGAACGGCGUCAACUCCUUGUUAAUGUGAUGUACAGAAAAGUGCUGACUGCAUGUGGACGCCAGACCCACCUUGUCCUUCAAGUCCCAAUAAAAUCUGUGCUCUA